AUGAAAGGGCUGGACCUCGCCAACAUCUACAAGGAAGAGUCAGCUAUACCCAAGGCCCCUAAAGAGUCUAGGCCUUCAAUGUGUGAGAACGGAGAGGAGGCUAGGGAGACUAUUGGGAAGUUGCUUAUCCUUUCCACUACUGUCUCUUAUACAGUCUUGGCUGCUAGGAUGUCUUGUGAAAAUGAAUUCCUUCACCUAGAGGAGAAGAUAUUGAAGCUAUCACCUAGAGGAGAAGAUAUUGAAGCUACAGAACGACUUGGUGGAUUCUUAAGAAAAGGACCUUCAAAAUUUGAAGGAGAAAGAAGAGAUAGCACUUAG